AUGAAACCGAUUUCCUUUGGUUUGGGCAAACCAAAAAGUGCCGCAACAGCCCUAUCUGCCGGAACGACAUCCCGCAAAACCCACACUCCGUCGAGUAGUCGCCUCUCACGGACCGCACUCCGCCAUGAUUCGGACAACGAAGAUGAAGAAGAGCCAAGACACGAGUCAGUCUCUGGCUUCUCGUCAAGUGGUGCUAUUCUAAGUCAGCCCCUACAGGACUCGCAGGUGAAAGUGAUACCGAAUGCCGGCAAUGCCGACUGGCGCAGGCAAGGGCGGAAAAAUCUACUCCCUGCAGAAGUUCAAGCGCAACAGCAGAACGGCAAUGGAGUUGUUGUAGUAGAGCGAGACGAGGUCAGCAAGGCUAGCGGGCUACAGUUUGCGGAAAAGAACGAGGAGGAAAGAGACCAUCAGACAAAUGGUGGUCAACAAUCACAGGAGGAACACCCCGCCGCACAGCCGAAGCAGCUGACGGUGGACGAGGAAGCUUUGCAGGCGCUGUUAGACGAUGGAUCUGGCAAGCCAAGGUCGAAUGCUAUCAUAACAAUACAGGGAAACAGACAGCUAUCACCACAAGACGAGACGCAAGAUUUCAGGGAAGAUGUCGCCUCUAGGCCAGAUUCUAGCACCCUCGAGGAGUAUGCCGCCAUGCCUGUAGAAGAGUUCGGGCUGGCCAUGCUGAGAGGGAUGGGCCAAAAACGGCGCGCCAACGGAGAGAUCAUCGAUCUUGCUCCAAAGAAUGACGACAAUCCACGAAAACUCCGCAAGCAGGAAGGCUUUCUAGGAAUCGGGGCGAAGGCCGCUCCAGGAUCGGAUAUCGAGUUAGGUGCAUGGGGAAAGGCAGACAUGCGGAAGAAUACUAAAGGACAGGGUUUUUUUACACCGCUCAUGCGCGAGAAUAAAGCCACGGGGGAACGUAUCUCGGAGGACGAGUUCCAGAAACGACUCAAAGAGUCGUCGAGUGCCAAACAAGAGGAAGAGUGGAAGCAGCGCAGAGAUCGCAACCUUGAGAUCAGUGCUCUUCGAGGGGCGACCGAGAUGGACGUGAAGAUUCCCGUUCGAGGCGGGACACAGAUGACAGAGACUACGAUCGCUCGCGAUCGAGACGUGACGAUGACAGAUACGACUCUAGUUCAUCCCACCGAAGUCACAGGGACCGGGACCGAGACCGAGACCGAGAUCGAGACAGGGACAGAGAUAAAAACAGAGACCGUGACAGAGAUAGGCACAGAGAUAGAGACAGAGACAGCGACCGUCGCCACCGGGACAGAUGAUAUCGGGUUAGCCAGGAAAGAAAAUUUGAGAAGCAACCUCAAGUCUUGGUCUUUGGACAGCCGGUAA